GGAAGUGUCGUGUAGUUGUUGUUGUCUUUGUGGUGUAGUUUGAUGCCGCUCGCGCAGCAUCGACGCGGCAGGAAGCGGACGAGAGGCGGAGCGCCACCGACGGCGACGGCGAAGCAGCAGCAGCAGCAGCAGCAGCAGCAUCACCACCAUGGCGACGCAAGGACCGGAGUCGGCCCGCCCUGCGCCCCUCGCGUCGCCGCCGCCUGGCCAAAAUCUUAGCAACGGCGCGCCCUCGCCGCCCAACAACCGCGGCUUGGAACGGACGCUGGAGGAGGCGACCCUCAGCGGCUCGCUCAACCUCAGCGCCCGUAAACUCAAGGAUUUCCCACGGACGGCCGCCGGUCACGACCUGAGUGACACGGUGGAGGCAGAUUUGUCCAAGAACCGUCUGUCUGACGUUCCCUCAGAAGUGUGCCACCUGGUGGCCUUGGAGACCCUCAACCUGUACCACAACUGCAUCAGGAGCAUCCCGGAUGCCGUCAUCAGCCUGCACUCGCUCACCUCGCUCAACCUCAGUCGCAAUCAGCUGAGCUCUCUACCGGCCUGCUUGUGCACUUUACCGCUCAGAGUCCUCAAUGCCAGCAACAACAAACUUGUCAGCCUACCAGAGAGCGUCGGACAACUACGCCGCCUCAUGGAGCUGGACAUCAGCUGUAACGAGCUCACAACUCUUCCACGACACAUCGGACGACUGCGAGCUCUAAGGGAGCUCAAUGUACGCCGGAACCUGCUCUGCGUCCUUCCAGAAGACCUGGCGGACCUUCCUCUGGUCAAGUUGGACUUCUCGUGCAACAAGGUGUCCACCAUUCCGCUGAGCUACCGGAAGAUGGCGCAGCUACAGGCGCUGCGGCUGGAGAACAACCCGCUGCAGAGCCCCCCAGCACAGAUAUGUCUUAAGGGUAAAGUUCACAUCUUCAAGUAUCUCAGCAUGGAGGCGUGUCGCAGCGACAAGAUGGCCGACGCUCUCUACCUCCCUGUCAUGGAGCGCCUCAGCCUGACGCGUGUGGAGGACAUGGAGCAGCAAAGGAAGCAGGACAGCGACUCUGGAGUCGGCAGCGAUAUUGGAGACAAGAGGCUAUCAGCAACGGAGCCAUCGGAUGAAGACAGUUUGAGUCUCAACGUUCCAAUGAGUCACAUCACGGAGGAGGACGGACUCAGUAAAGACGACUCCAGCGAACACAUCAGCUCUCUGACAGAUCCCAGCUCGGAGCCGGUGCGGCUUAUCGAGGAGAGCCCAACAGAGGCGCUGAGGGAGCAGCUGGCCUAUCGAGACGCCGCCGCUCGCUUGGAGCGUACGACGACGUCGGCAGACUUAGACGAGCCGCUGAGGAUCGAUGAAGACUUGCACUGGACCACAGAGCAGCGUUCCAGGUCAAAGGUAACAGGGGACAGUGGGCUGCACUUGGACAUGAUCAGCCAGCUUAAAGAGGCUGUGGAGCUACUUCAGGAUCCCAGCAGAAUCAACUUGGAGCAAGAGGACCUGUGCGGGGUGCAACUGUACCCCGUGGAAUUGGUCACAGUGGAAGAGUCUGUCAACGGGCAGGACAGCGAUGAUGACGUCACCACACCAAAGCGACUAGACCAGUCUGAUGGCAGAUUUCCCGCACUCUCCAGCGUACCAUUUGGACUGAAACCUCGCUCAGCCCCGUCCUCGCUGCCCUGCUCGCCCCCUCCCUCGCCCUCCCCCUCCCGUCUCUCACAGGCCCCGCCGCUCUUCUGUGGUUUUCGCCGUAGCCGCGGCAACGGAGGCGUGCCGGAGCGUGUGUUCCUACGCAGCCACAAGAGUCUGGAGUGUGUGGACCCUCAGUUCACCAUGAGGAGGAAGAUGGAGCAGCUGAGAGAAGAGCUAGAGCUGAUGGAACAGCUCAGAGAUAGUAUUGAGAGCCGCCUGAAGGUGGUUCUUCCCGACGACUUGGGCAACUCACUGAUGGAUGGCGUAGUGCUUUGCCACCUGGCCAAUCACAUUCGCCCGCGCUCAGUCGGCAGCAUCCACGUGCCCUCGCCCGCUGUGCCCAAACUCAGCAUGGCCAAGUGUCGCCGGAACGUGGAGAACUUCCUGGACGCCUGUCGGAAGAUCGGUGUGCCCGAGUGUUCUCUGUGCUCCCCGUAUGAUAUCAUCCAGCGCCGCCUGCCGCCGCUGUGCGCCACGGUCAGGAUGCUGGUGGGCGGGAAGCGGCCGGAGGGGAUCCCGCCUCAGAAAAAAAGCCCCCCCGCCGCUGCCCUCCCGUCGCAGGACUCUGUCUCGGUGACCACUCAGACCCCGCCUCUGGCCUGGCGGUGGUGGGACUUGAUUGGCUGCAGCCUGGUUCACGUCCUCUGCCUGAUGUUGCUCUUUGCCGUCUACGUGUGGAGCGAGCUGACGUAACCGCGGCUCAACAAAAAACUUAUUUUUUUUUUCUUCCCCAGGAGCACACAUAACAAUAGGACGAGUUUCUCUUUGCACAUGUUCGCACAACUAUAAACUGAAAAGGACCAAAAUUUCAACCUGAAAAGGUCCCCAAUUUAAACAUUAAAUUUGACCAUGAAACCGCCCAGUUUCAAUCUGAAAACAGCCCAAAUUCAAAACUGAAGAUAAUCCAAAUUUCAACCUGAGAAUGCCCCAGUUUCAACCUUGGACUAGAACAUGAAAUCGAUCCCAAUGUCAAACUAUCUGAAUUUGAAUGUGAAAAUGACCCCAAUUCCAAUCUAAAAAUAUCUUACUACUGUGUAAUGUGAAAACAACCGAAAUUCAAACGAAGAAUGAAUGACCUGUCGAUUGUGAGAUCUGAUCGGCUGCAGCCUGGUUCACAUCUCUGGUGCGCACCUUUUUCAGUUAUUGUCAUUAUUGGUCCAAAGAAAUGACAAUGACAUGCUUGACUAGCUUCCCACGCUAGCGUCGAGCUGCUUGAAAACGGCCCCAAUUUUAACCUGAAUACGGUCACAAUUUGAACGUAAACAGUCCCAAUUUCAGGCUUGAAUUUGAACUCGAGCAUAUUCCCAAUUUCAACCUGGAACUUGAAAAGGGUCCCAGUUUCAACCUAAAAACUGAACUGUUUGAAACUGAAAAGUGCCCCAGUUCGAACAGGAAUACACCCCCUAUUUAAUGUAACAGUCCGAAUUGAAAUCUGAAAACGUCUCCCAUUUAAUCUGAAAACAGCCCCAAUGUGAACGUGAAAACAUUUCAUUUUGUGAUUGAAAUCAUACCACUCGGUUAUUAUCUGCAAUGUUCUUAGAAGGCUAACGCUAGCUCAUGUUAGCAUGGCCCUGUUAGCAUUUAGCUUUAGCUUCUUCUCGUGUCGACUUUUGUAGGUUUUUCUAAUUGCUUACAUUUUAAAAAUUUGAGCAACAAAAUGCUAAUCUACCACAAUCCUACCAGAAUAUUUUAACAGCGCAACGUCUGCUAGCAGCGAUGCUAACAUGAAUCUCAGCGAGCAAAUGGUUAACAAACAGUGGAUAAACGGCUGGAGACUUGUGUACGAAAACCUGUGUUUGAUGGCUCAAAUCUCGACACGUCGAAGCAUUUGUUUUCUUCCAGAAUUUAUUUGCGGAGAUGAAUAGUUUCUAGCUAAGCUAAUGAGCUAGUUUCUCAUAGAAAACAGAAGCCAUAUGAAAAUGCUCGGUUUAAAAAUGUACAAUUUGUGCUUUGUUAUGUCCUUGAAAACUUGAAACGUUGGCAACGGUAAAGCAGAGUAAGAAACUGUGAUUUACGUGAUAGCUUUGUGUUACAAAGAAACCAUAUUUAACCAUAUGUAUGUUUAGCUACUUAAGAUGUUAAAUUAUUUCCUUGAUUUAACCGUGUUGUGUGAUUUUCUUUUUUUUUUUUUUUAUUUAUUUUUUUAUGCCUCUGUGCCUACCUGUUACGGACGUUAACGACACACUAACGGUGACAUUUCCAUUUCUUUGUGACGACGCUGCCGGAGGUGGGGCUGUUAAAGCAUUUCAGUGAAAGUUGUGCUGUGUUUGAAUUUCAAACCUGAAAACAGACUCGAUUUCAAUGAGAAAUCACCCCCACUUUUGAAGUGAAAACAGUCCAAUUUGAUAUUAAAAACAAUUAAGAUUGUGAUCUGAAAACCAACAAUUUGAACCUGAAGUGGGGCCAAUGGAGUGUGGGGGGCAUUUCACCCUGAAAACAGCCUUAUCUGAACCUAAAAAAUUCAAAUUUCAACCUAAAAAUAACCUGUUUCAUCCUAAAAACAGACCCAAUUUCACGCUUAAAACAACUCAAAUUUAACCAGAAAAUGACUCUAGUUUCAACCGAAAAAUGGCUCCAAUUUGAACCAGACAAACCUGUUUUUUUUUCAACCUGAAAAUACCUAAUUUCAACAUUACGGCUCCAAUUUCAACCUAAAACCACCCAAUAUACUGUAGCUCUAAAUACAACCAAAUUCCAACUCGGAAAAUCCUCAGUUCGAACUUGAAAAUAACCUAUUUUAGACCUGAAAACUGCCAAUUUAUAAUUGAAAAAUGACCCAAUUCCAAGUUUAAAAUUGCCCAAAUUUAACCUGAAAAUGGCCCCAGCUUCAACCUUAAAAUUGCCUCAUUUGAAUCUGGAAAAUCCCUGCUUUGAACCUGAAAAAAAGCCAGAUAUGCACAUAAAAAUUCCCUCAAUUUCUACCGAAAAUCGGCUCCAAUUUCAACCCGACAACGGGACCUAUUUCAACCUGAAAACACCCCCCAAUUAUUGUAAAUCGAAGAGUCCAAAUUUCAACCUUUUAAACCCCCAACCAGUCAAAUUUCAACCUGGAAAGUCGUUAGUUCAAACCUGAAAAUUGCCUGAUUAGGACCUGAAAAUGGCCCCAAAUGGAACCUGAAAACUGCCAAAUUUCAACCUGAAAAGUCCCCAAUUUGAACUGCCUCAAUUUCAAUUUGAAAGCAUCACAAAUUCCAUCGAACAGUCCCAAAUUUCAACAUGAAAAGGUCAACCUGAAUAUAGCCUGAUUUAGACAUGGAAAUGGCCCCAAUGUGAAACUGAAAAUUGCCCCAAUUAGAACCUAAAAACAAUUUCAACCAAAAAAAUCCCCAGUUUGAACGGUGUGGUUUAAAAACAGAAGAUGAGUCUUACAAAGUGGGAUAAUUGCACCACUGUAGAAUCUCUGCUUGAAAGGCACCAGCGGAAAAGUGGCUCUCUUGUUCUGGAUGUCUUCUAAACACUUGUCUAAACCACGUGCCGCACUUUUUGUCCUCUUUGUCCCGCCUUGCCUUCCCAGGACAAGCUGUGUCUCCCGCACCACAUCCUGGAGGAGAAAGGCCUCGUUAAGGUCAGCGUCAUGGUCCAGGCCCUCCUGGACCACAAGCCCUCCAGACCGGGACAGCACACGUGAGGAUCAUCGCAUGAUGGAAAACAUGAUGGGAGUUUUUUGGGGCGACUGACAAUUUUAGAUGUUACAUUGCAAUUCCUUUCCACAGGCUUGGUACCAUUAAAAAAAAAAAAAAAACGCUAACAUUGGGAGCCGUUCGCUGUUUUAAUCUUGCACACACCAAAAAAAAAAAAUCUGGCCGUUUGAAAUCCAGAGACACUGUGAGAUAUAUAUAUAUCGGAAUUUUAAGUAAAGCAUCCUAAAAUAUCCCAGGCAAUGAAAUUCCGGCUUUUCUGUUACGGAAUCCCGAGACUACAUCUAGUUUGCAGGAUGCCAUUUUGCGGUAUUAUCCUGCUUCGCUGUGUCUUGUUUGAGAUUUAGGUCAAUAAUCCGCUAGUUAGGGUUUUAGUUCCUCCAGUAUUUCGCAGGUUAAUACAACAUUUAGAAUAUUUUUGCCACCUUUGUCGACUUUUAAAUAAAAAUGUUUUGCUCGCGUUUGUAUUUAAUCGGCAACAAAAAUAUAUUUAUAACAGGACUUUGCGUACAUUCAAGAACUAUUUUUGGCUAAUAUAUUUUUGUUAGAAUUGUGUGGAUUUUUUAAACCAUAUGUCGCAUCUCUGUGGACUUUUUGAGCCAGCAUGUUUUGUAACAUUUUGGUCGGCUUUAAGUGAAAAUGAUCCGAUGUUCUUCCAAACGCGCGACCAUGACCAAUCAUUUUUAAGAGUGUACAUUUUAGCUGGUGGGUGUCAUUAAGUAAACCGCGAACUGGCUACCAGUUCUUUUUUUAAUCACUAUGUUGUAAUAUCUCAUCCUGCCAGACUGGGUGGCAGGAAGAGCUUUCCAAAUAAUUUGCUCCUUUGAAAAAUGUUAUUUAUGCAAUUUAAUGAUUCUAUAUAGACACGUGAGGAUUAUUUGUUCAAAAAUAUUAAAAUCCAAAAUAUUGCAAAUGUUAAAGGAAACUUUUGCAUUUCCCCCCCCCCACAAUUUAAGAGAUCCCAUUUGUCGUAGUAAACAUUUCUAUGUCAUGCUUUUGUCAAAAAUCCCCCAAGGAUCAAGAAAUCUACAUAGACAUGUUUACAUCAUAUUUCUCGCCAGGGUGAAAUUGUCUCGUUUCAGUGACGGAUCUGUCCUGAGUGUGGAAAGUGAGCGAGCGGCCAUUAUUAAAAAUGCUGCUAAUCUGAGCAAACACUGCAGCUCUGCUUACCUUUUGGAUUUGACACGCUUGGGCCAAAGUGGUUGUUUGUUUCCCUCUGGAAAGUAGUUUUGGCUCCGUUACAGCAAUAAACACAAACUGACUUUAUCGGCACUUUAACUUUUCUAUUUAUGUUUUGUUGUUUUUUUUGCUUUUCUUUUUGUUUUUGACUGUGACGUUAACAAAAACCUUUUAUGAAAAGAAAGUGUAAAUAACUUGAGUACGCUCACGUUUUUUUUUUAUCCGACGGGGAGCAAGUGUAUUAUAAAUAUUUUUGAUUAAGGAUGUUUUCAUUGUUGUUGUUGAUGCAUGAAAAGUCCCUUUGAUGCGCCUUAACUGCUGUGGAGCUUUUUGUACAUCCAAAGAGUGUUUUGUUAUCACUGCAAUUAAAAAAAAAAUAUCUGCA